CCUUCGUCGGUACAAAGAAUCUGGACUGUCCAUUAUGGUAUCAUGAGGUGUAGGUCCCACCUUCCAUUUAGAUUGCUUAGUCACCUGUUUUCUUUGUCUGGCCGCGUUAGGCUCCUUUCAACCGCCACACCAAUCCGAACCUCACGUUCCUGUAUCUUCGUUUUCUCGAGGAACGCUGCAGCUCGCCAUAACAAUCGCGGGGGUCCUAGUUCAAUGCUUUAAGAAGGUAUUUGUCAAGGGAAAGUAUUGUCGGCUGUCUUUUCAAGGUUCUUUCUUGAGAUGGCAACAACGAGUAACACCUUAUGCUCGUCUUGUCCGGAUCUUUCUUAUACUUGUGUUAAUGGCUUACGGUGUGCAAAUGUUAAACUACUAAUGCCUAAAUCUGUUGUGAGGACUGGCUCUUCAACUAAAAAGGAAUAUGUUCAAGCAUUUUAUCACAAUGCUAGAAGAGUGAUAAUGUCUAGCCAUCUAAUGCCGGGACACUUUGAAGGGACCAUUAUACGAAAGAAAAAGCUCAAGGAACCUAACCUGAAGGUGGAUCUGGUGAGGACUCUAUUGAUUGAUAACUAUGAUAGCUACACCUACAAUAUCUACCAAGAGUUGGCUGUCAUUAAUGGGCUGCCUCCUGUAGUGGUAAGGAAUGAUGAGUGGACGUGGAAGGAUAUCUGCCAUUACUUAUAUGAUGAAGAUGCAUUUGAUAAUAUAGUUAUAUCACCUGGACCUGGUUCUCCAACGUGCCCAACUGACAUAGGCAUAUGUCUUCGUUUGCUGCAUGAGUGCUCUGAUAUCCCUAUUUUGGGCGUUUGCCUUGGUCACCAGGCUUUAGGUUAUGUACAUGGUGCUCAAAUUAUCCAUGCGCCUCAGCCUGUACAUGGACGCUUAAGUGAAAUUGAGCAUAAUGGUUCCAGACUAUUUCAUGGCAUUCCUUCAGGCAGAAAUUCAGGAUUCAAGGUAGUCCGGUAUCAUUCACUUGUUAUAGAUGCUGAUUCUCUCCCAAGGGAUAUCACACCUAUAGCAUGGACCUCUUCCUCUGAUGCACUUUCUUUUCUAGCAACCCAGAAAUCCGAUAUUAUCCCUGAUGAUUAUGAAAGUCAAUUUGGGGAAAAAUCUCACUUGGACUCUACCUUAACAAAAUUAGAAAAGGAAAAUUGCUGGCCUUCCUGCCAUUCUGAAGGAAUGCAAAGUAAAAGAGUUCUCAUGGGCGUCAAACAUUCUACAAGGCCUCAUUAUGGGGUGCAGUUUCAUCCAGAGAGUGUUGCAACCUCCUAUGGGAGACAGAUACUUAAAAAUUUUAAGGAGGUGACUGCAGAUUAUUGGUCGAGAUGGAGAUCAUCACUCUUUAGCAAGAGAGAUGCUUAUCAUGCAGCACAUAUGCAGGUGCCCCAUGUGAAACGAUUAUCCAUGGAAGAUCAAAUAUCUGGGAAAUUAAUGAGGAGUGCUGAUGGUACGCUUUGUAGAGAUACUCGCAGUGGGCAAUUAGUCUGUAACAAAAAUGAGAAGAGUAGUUUUGCGUUGUUCAAUAUGCCUACAAUACCCUGUUCUAGCACGAGUGUUAAAUUUCUAAAGUUGAAGUGGAGGAAAUUUGAUCAAUUGGCUAGUAAAGUGGGUGGAGCGAGAAAUAUAUUUUCUGAACUCUAUGGAGAUGACAAGGCUGAAAAUAGCUUUUGGCUGGACAGUUCAUCAAUCGAAAAGGGGAGAGCACGCUUUUCAUUUAUGGGCGGCAAAGGCGGAUCACUUUGGAAGCAAGUGACAUUUACAUUGUCGGAUCAAAGUGAUAUGACUUCUAAAUGUGGCGGGCAUCUGUUAAUCAAGGAUGCUCAAGGCUCUUCGAGUAUAAUAUAUUUAGAAGAAGGUUUUCUUGAUUUUUUGGACAAGGAGCUGCUCUCAUUCCGUUAUGAAGAAAAAGAUUAUGAAGGACUACCAUUUGACUUUUACGGUGGAUAUAUUGGUUACCUUGGAUAUAACCUUAAAGUUGAAUGCGGAACAGCACCGAACCGCCACAAGUCCACGACUCCAGAUGCUUGCUUUUUCUUUGCCGAUAAUCUUGUAGUUAUUGAUCAUUGCAGUGAUGAUGUGUAUAUAUUGUCCAUACACGAUGAAAGCACAACCAUGACGUCUUGGUUGGAUGACACAGAAAAGAAGCUUGUUGGCAUAAAAGCUUCCACAACAAGAAAAUCAGGAAAGCAGACAUCAGAGGCCGCGAGUUUUUCUCCAUCUGAAGCAGGCUUCCAAGCAGAGAAGAGCAGGGAGCAAUACAUAAAGGAUGUCAAGAAAUGUCUGAGAUACAUUAAUGAUGGAAAAAGUUAUGAACUGUGUCUUACAGCUCAAAUGAGAAAGACAAUCGGGGAGAUAGACUCCUUAGGACUUUACCUUCACCUUAGAGAGAAAAAUCCAGCACCAUAUGCUGCCUGGCUGAACUUCUCUUUGGAAAACCUGUGCAUUUGUUGCUCUUCUCCUGAAAGGUUUUUGCGAUUGGAUAGAAAUGGUGUACUAGAAGCGAAGCCCAUCAAGGGUACCAUAGCUCGUGGGUUAACACAGGAGAAAGACGAACAACUCAAACUGCAUCUGCAGCAAAGUGAAAAGGAUCAGGCUGAGAAUCUAAUGAUUGUUGAUCUACUAAGGAAUGACCUUGGUCGUGUCUGUGAGCCUGGCACUGUGCAUGUGCCCCAUCUUAUGGAUGUGGAGUCAUAUGCAACUGUUCAUACCAUGGUGAGUACAAUUCGAGGGAAGAAGCAACCAAGUAUGAGUGCUGUUGAUUGUGUCAGAGCCGCUUUCCCUGGCGGUUCAAUGACUGGUGCCCCAAAGUUGAGAUCAGUGGAAAUUCUCGAUUCCCUCGAAACGUGCUCUCGAGGUAUAUAUUCAGGCUCCAUCGGCUUUUUCUCAUACAACCAGACAUUUGAUCUAAACAUUGUUAUAAGAACAGUAGUUAUACACGAGGGUGAAGCUUCGAUAGGAGCAGGUGGAGCAAUCGUAGCUCUAUCAAAUCCUGAAGAAGAGUAUGAAGAAAUGAUCUUAAAAACUCGAGCUCCAGCAAAGGCUGUUACUGAAUUUCUGCAGUAAUGAGAUAGCAGAAUGCUAACUUUUCACCUUUUACUGCUUAGAAGUUAGACAUAUUGCCGUAUGGAUUGCAUUCUAGGCUGCAGACAACUGCCGCAAUUUGUUGUAGCAUUAGUUUAUUUGGUGAUUCAUUUUUUUCCAGGCAAUAAAACACAAGAUUUGUUAAUUUACAUUUAAUGUAAUACUAUAUUAAGUUUGUAAUUGUAAUUUAAGAACAUCAUAAUCAUGUCAUUGCUACUUGUUAGUGGA